AUGUUGGGCUGGGUCCAGAGGGUGCUGCCUCAGCCCCCAGGGACCCCUCAGAAGACCCAGAUGGAGGAGGAGGAGGGCAGGCCAGAGCCAGAGCCAGAGCCUGAGACAGCGGAGGCUGCGAGCCUGCCACCCCAGGAGCUAUUCAAGGGGGAAGAGGCAGCCACGGCCUAUGCAAGCCCUCAGGAAAUGCAGGAGGCUGCCCACACCCUGACCACAUCCCUCCAAGCCCAGGUUGCUGUGGGUCCAGAAGCAAACAGUCCCGGCAGCUGGGUGCUGACCUGGCUCAGGAAAGGCAUGGAGAAGGUCGUCCCACAGCCCGGAGACAGCAGCAGGCCGGCCCGGAGCGCUGUGGGGCUGGGGACCCCGGCUCAGGGCGGGGCCAUGACACUGGGUGAGUCCCCAUUCCUGAGCAUCAGUUUGGGAGCUCCUGAGCCUCAUCUGGAGCCCAGACCCUGGCUGCUCCUAUGGUUAGAGCAGAGUCUGGAGAAGGUGCUGCCACAGCCCCCUAAAACUUCAGAGGGCUGCAGAGACAAGACUGCUGGUGCUGCCUUGGGCCCAGACUCCCCUGAACCCCCUUUGGAAACCAAGUCCAUGCUGCAGGCGCCAGAAAGCCCCAUCCUGCCCACACCAGCACCCCUGGAGCCCGAAGAGGAGCCCACACCGGAUCCCCAGCCCGCUCUCCAGGCCUCUUCCCUGCCGCCCCCCAGGGACACUGCCAGGCUGGUGGCGUGGCUCUUGCACAGGCUGGAGGACGUCCUGCCGCAGCCGGUGCUCCGGGAGAAGGCGGGGGGGCAGGAGCCCGAUGCCCCCGUGAGCUGUGACGUGCAGACCAUCAGCAUCCUCCCAGGAGGCCAAGAGGGGCCUGAGCUUGUCCUAGAAGACUUUGACCCUUGCUGGGAAGGGGACCAGUGUCCCCAUGGUGCCGCCAGCCCGCACGGCCCAGAGGAGGCUCCGGCUUACGAAGAGGAGGACGAGGCUGCAGCAGAGACCCCCAGGGACCUGCCUGCGAUUCAAGAGGAGAAAGAAGAGGAGGAGGAAGAGGAGGAUGAUGUCCUGCUGGAUAGCUGUCUGGUGGUGCAGAUCGGCCAGGACCCAAGUGAGAUAGGCGGAACCCAGGCCAGGAGCGCCCCACGCCAGGCGCUGCGGGAGACCCCAGCCACCAGCUCAGGAGCUCCUCGAUGGUGGGGCCAGUGUCCAGGGCUGGACGCCGGCUCCUUCCAAACCGCGCUGUUCCUUGAGCCGCCAGUGUGCCGGCUGCCCUGGGAGGCAGAUGGGCCAUUUACAGAUGAGAAUCUUCAGCACAAGGCUGUAGGGAAGGAACUGAAAAUGCAGAAUCUCAGGUCCUGCCUGGGCCUGCUGAGCAUAUCUGCACUCAAACCAGAUUUCCUGGUCCUCGGUCUGCGCCUGCGUGUCCGGGAGGCAGUGGCCUUGAGCCCCAGUGGCCUUGAGCCCCAGCUCUUAGCUGCUAUGUCUGCACCAUGCACCAUGGCUAAACCAGGCCGGGACAUGGAGCUGAAUCGCCUGGUUCAGGACCAGCUGCCUGGCCAGGCGGCCCCGGGACCUGCCCCUCCAAACCUAGCGGACCAUCUCCCCAAUGUGCCCAGCUACCGCCCAGCCCUCACCCGCAUCCCUGUCCUCGUCGCCCGGAGAACAACUUUGUCCAACUCCAGCUUCGCCAAGGAAACCAGGAGCUCUGUGUCUCCACAGAAGGACAACUUGUGUCCUCUUGCCCCCGGGCCUGGGAGGCAUGGUCACCCCUACUUUGAGCUGGGGCCCCUGAGACCCACAGAGGGGAAGCAGCUGAGCCAGGCUUGGCCAGGCCAGGUGCUGGGACUCAGGGACUCCUUGUGUCCCUCCACCAGCCUGGUGUCCUCGAUCCGGGCCCUUGACGCUUCUCCAGGUUGGGGAGCCACACUGCGCUUUGGAGAGCGGGUUCUGGGCUGUGUCCAGGACCGCCAGCUCCUGAGCUUGGCUGCCACGAAAGAGCACCCGGAGGUGCAGGUGGAAGAUGCUGACGCCGACAGCCGCCCCCUCAUCGUGGAGGAGAAGCCCCCCUCCCCCGUGCUGCCGCCGCCUUCUCCAGCCAAGUCAGACACCCUCGCCGUCCCGGGGUCGGCCACGGGGACCCACAGGAAGAGGCUGCCCUCCCAGGACGAUGACGCCGAAGAGCUCAAGGCGUUGUCACCAGCUGAGUCUCCUGUGGCCGCCUGGUCAGAUCCGACUACCCCACAGGACACCGAUGGCCAGGACCGUGCAGCCUCCACAGCCAGCCAGAACAGCGCCAUUAUCAAUGACCGGCUCCAGGAACUGGUGAAGCUUUUCAAGGAACGUACAGAGAAGGUGAAGGAGAAACUCAUCGACCCCGAUGUCACUUCCGAUGAGGAGACCCCCAAGCCCUCCCCAUCCAAGAAGACCCCGGAGCCAGCCCCGGAGGUGAAGCCGGCCGACGUGGAGCCGGCCGAGGAGCACUACUGUGAGAUGCUGUGCUGCAAGUUCAAGCGCCGGCCCUGGAAGAAGUACCGGUUCCCUCAGAGCAUUGACCCGCUGACCAACCUGAUGUACAUCCUGUGGCUGUUCUUUGUGGUGCUGGCCUGGAACUGGAAUUGCUGGCUGAUUCCUGUGCGCUGGGCCUUCCCCUACCAGACGUCAGACAAUAUCCACCUCUGGCUGAUGAUGGACUACUUGUGCGACCUCAUCUACCUCCUGGACAUCACUGUGUUCCAGCUGCGCCUGCAGUUUGUCAGAGGGGGGGACAUCAUUACGGACAAGAAGGAGAUGAGCAAGAACUACCUGAAAUCUCGCCGCUUUAAGAUGGACGUGCUCUGCCUCCUGCCCUUGGACUUUCUCUACUUGAAAAUGGGCGUGAAUCCCCUCCUCCGCUUGCCUCGCUGUUUGAAGUACCUGGCCUUCUUUGAGUUUAACAACCGCCUGGAAGCCAUCCUCAGCAAAGCCUACGUUUACAGAGUGAUCAGGACCACCGCCUACCUGCUCUACAGUUUACAUGUGAACUCCUGUCUGUAUUACUGGGCGUCGGACUACCAGGGCAUCGGCUCCACACACUGGGUCUACGAUGGUGUGGGGAACAGUUACGUUCGCUGCUUCUACUGGGCUGUGAAGACCCUCAUCACCAUCGGUGGGCUGCCUGACCCCGAGACGCUCUUUGAAAUUGUCUUCCAGCUGCUGAACUACUUCACGGGCGUCUUUGCUUUCUCCGUGAUGAUCGGACAGAUGAGAGACGUGGUAGGGGCCGCCACUGCGGGUCAGACCUAUUACCGCAGCUGCAUGGACAGCACCGUGAAGUACAUGAACUUCUACAAGAUCCCCAGGUCCGUGCAGAACCGGGUCAAGACCUGGUACGAGUACACCUGGCACUCCCAGGGCAUGCUGGAUGAGUCAGAACUAAUGGUGCAGCUUCCAGACAAGAUGCGGUUAGACCUCGCCAUCGACGUCAACUAUGACAUCGUCAGCAAAGUGGCCCUCUUCCAGGGCUGUGACCGGCAGAUGAUCUUUGACAUGCUGAAGAGGCUGCGCUCUGUUGUCUACCUGCCUAACGACUAUGUGUGCAAGAAGGGGGAGAUAGGCCGUGAGAUGUACAUCAUCCAGGCAGGACAGGUACAGGUGCUGGGUGGCCCGGAUGGCAAGUCUGUGCUGGUGACGCUGAAAGCCGGAUCUGUAUUUGGAGAAAUAAGCUUGCUGGCUAUCGGUGGGGGGAACCGGCGCACGGCUAACGUGGUGGCACAUGGCUUUACCAACCUCUUCAUUCUGGAUAAGAAGGACCUGAAUGAGAUUUUGGUGCAUUAUCCCGAGUCUCAGAAGUUACUCCGAAAGAAGGCCAGGCGCAUGCUGAAGAAAAACAAGUCCAAGGAGGAGAAGAAGAGUGUACUCAUCCUUCCCCCACGGGCCGGCACCCCCAAGCUCUUCAAUGCCGCCCUGGCUGCAGCAGGAAGGGGCGGGAAGGGUGGCAAGCUUGCCCACCUCCGAGCUCGACUCAAAGAACUGGCAGCAUUGGAAGCAGCAGCAAAGCAGCAGCAGCUGCUGGAACAGGCCAAGAACUCAGAAGGCGCCGCGGGCGAAGCCGGCCAGGCGGCCCCGGCCCCGGGAGAAGCCGGCCAGGCCGCCCCAGGCCCGCCCACGCUGCCCGCGCCCCCGGCAGAGGCCCCUGCCCAGCGCUCACCGCCACCCGCCUCGGCCCCCCCGAAGCCAGAGGGAGGAGGAGAGGGGCCGGCUGGGGCCCAGGAACACUCGGUGAGAAUUCACAUGAGCCCCGGCCCGGACCCCGGCGAACAGACCCUGUCAGUGGAGAUCCCGGAGGAGAAGAAGGACGCGGAGUGA